CCUCCCGGGUUGGAGAUGGCGAGGAAGUUGCCCGACUCCAAGAGGGGCCCACCCACUCCAAAACUGGCCCAACUCCACACGGCGUCCUUAGUGCCACGACUCCUGGCCGCCGCCAGGGGGCGAGCUCUGGCCUCCGGCACCAGCCAACCUGAAGACAGGGCUCCGAUCAACGACUCAAGACCGCGCCGGCCAUUCCGCGCUGCAGGGUGCAGCCGGCCGCGAAGAGGGCACCCGGCCAGGCCCGGCGGGACGCGGAGCCGCAGCGGGAGGGGGCGCUGCUGGGCCAGGAGAGCGCGGCGCAGAGGAAGUACCGUCUUCGCCGCGCGGCCGGGCAGCCUCAGCCGCGCCGCGCGGGGCUGCGAUGUCGUCCCGGCCCGGGCGCGACGAUGCGGGCGCCGGGGUCGCGCGGCGGCCCCGGGAGCCCCCGGAGCAGGAGCUCCAGCGGCGCCGGGAGCUGAAGCGGCGGCGGCAGGAUGCGCAGCAGCUGCAGCAGCUCAAGCACCUGGAGUCCUUGAAGAUGAGACUAAGCCAGAAGACUGUAUACCAGAUGUCCCAGGCAAUGAACAUGCCAGGGAAUUUCUGGCCCACGCACCAACCAAAGGACUUUGGAUGCCACUCGGGAAAGAAGUCAAAGUCAUGCAGUGUUGGCGCUGUAAACGAAUGGAAACAUUACAGAAAGGUUUUUCACAAUUGAUUUUUCAAGUCCAAUCUUGCCUCUCUCCUCAGAGGGAAUUUGUAGCACAUGAAGAUCCCAUGUAUGACAUCAUUCGUGAGAAUAAAAGACAUGAAAAGGAUAUAAGGAUACAACAGUUAAAACAGUUACUGGAGGAUUCAACGUCAGAUGAUGAUGGGAGCAGCUCCAGUUCUUCAGAAGAUAAAGAGAAACACAAGAAAAAGAAGAAGAAAGAAAAGCAUAAGAAGAAGAAGAAGGACAAGAAAAAGAAGAAAAAACGAAAGCAUAAGUCUUCCAAGUCAAAUGAGAGUUCAGACUCAGAAUGACGAGAACCUGGCUUGUUCAACAUUCUCUUCUCACAAACCAGACACUGUGGCCAAAGAUGAGAGGACCGUGGAGGAAGGCGGGGUCGGAGAGGAACCUCCGGAGACACCCGGAGGGCGGGGGUGUGGGAUCCCAGGCGCGGGUUCUCACCUGCCUUCCAGGGAGGAUGCGAGUUGUGUGUUGCCAGGUGCUAGCUCUGGACACGCCUGACUUCAGGCUGGAGAGCUUUUCCCCUUGUGCUCCUCCCUGCUGAUCCCUGUGGGUCCCAACUCCUUAGAAAUGCCUCGGGCAGGGCGGCCAGAUGAAGGGAGUCUCUGAGGAGCUGCUCCCGGUGCUGCCGUAGGUUCCACCUCCAGGGUGGAGCUACUUGUGUAGAGCUCAGGCCUGAUUUCCCUCUGCUGCUGAGGAUAAUAAAAACUCACUAUUUAUUUUUCAAA